GGCAUUCCCGAGGAAUUGUACAAUGAGCUUGUGAGAUAUGCAAAGUAUGCAUCUGGCGCAUAUCAAGUCCUGUGCCCGCGUCCGAUGGGAAACACACUAGUUACCCAGUUCACAGAUAUAAUUACGUCUACCCAAGGAUUCGUUGCUCGCGAUGACACAAGGAAAGAACUGGUGAUUUCAUUCAGGGGCAGCCGUGAGAUUGCGAGCGCGAUUAUUGUAGAUACGUCCCUUGUGCUUUCCCCACUACGUGGACCAGGCCUGCCAAAGAAUACAGAUGCCCACGUGCAUACAGGCUUUCUUUAUGCUUUUAGAAGCGUUGGAGAUCGCGUGCUUAAUAUUUUAGGCGAGCAGUUUGAACGAUUUCCGCGGUAUGAGGUAACAGUGUCCGGCAAGCCACGCUGUCAUUCGCUUGGAGGCGCCAUUGCAUGCAUUGCAGCAUUAUCCAUCAGGAACAGUUUCCCUGAUGCUGCGCUGCGAUUAUUCACAUAUGGUCAGCCAAGGACAGGGGAUCCUUCAUUUGCUGAGCUUGUGGAAACUGUGAUCGGAAUGGAUAAUAUUUUUCGAGGCGUGCAUUCGUUCGAUGGCGUGCCGACAAUGAUACCUACGAAGCUGGGCUACAGGCAUCACGGCACGGAAUAUUGGCAGUUCGCCGAACCACCGGCCCCGCGCCACGUACGUAGAUGUGUGGGCAGCGAAGACCCGGAAGGGAGUGCAUCCAUACCAUCGACUGGCAUCAAUCUCCCGCAUAUGGUAUAUUUCGAACAGCCGAUUGCGUCGGAUCCCACCGUUUGUAUCUGA